AUGGACAAGAUUAGAGAAAAGCUCAGCAACCUUAAGCUAGAGGCUGAAAGCUGGCAAGAAAAGUAUGAAGAAGUGAAGCAACAACUCAAGCAAUUGGAGCAGGAGAACACGGAAAAGGAGAACCAGAUCAAGUCUCUAACGACGAGAAACCAGCGCUUGGACGAAGAAGUCGAAAAGCUGGAAGCAGGCCUCUCGGAGCACAAGCAACUGUCGGAAGACUCGCACAACUUGCGGUCCCAUAACGAGAACUUCACCAAGAAGAACCAACAACUGGAAGAGGAAUUGGAGGAAAGCGACGCGAAAUUGAAGGAGACCACCGAAAAGUUGCGUGAGACAGACUUGCGUGCCGAACAGCUUGAACGUAAGGUCGUGUCUCUUGAACAGGAGCGUGACGACUGGGAGAAGAAACACGAAGAAUUGACGGCCAAGUACAACGAGGCUAAGCACGAGCUUGAUGAGAUCGCUGCUUCCCUUGAAAAUUUAUGA